UGCGGUCUGUCCUGCCGGACCAGGAGAGCGUGAGAGAAAUAAAAUCGGCCCUGGAACCAGCCGGUGAUUAGAAACUUCCUAAAACCGCCGGUGAGCGCCAGGACCGCCUCUUCCUCAUUUCGCGUUAUAGACAAGCGUCUUGCUGAUAAGUCUGGAAAAAAAAUACACAGGGAGCCCCAGCGAGCCCACGUCGUUACAGAACCCGUGGAUUUUACAGGAUAGCUCUGACUGCGAACAAACGAACAGCCUGUUAAACUGCGCACACGGGAGCUCAUUAUUCGUUUGUGCCGACACUCCACAUGGACUUAUAAAGAAGCUCAGUGACAGGGACGUGCCCACAGCUCUAACACAGAGCACACUAACGUACAGCCAAGGGAGCCACACAGGACAAUGUCCCACGCCACCGGACGAGGGCAUGGGGGUCUAAACCAACUAGGCGGGAUGUUUGUGAACGGCCGGCCUCUGCCCGAGGUGAUCCGGCAGCGCAUCGUGGACAUGGCCCACCAGGGGGUGCGGCCCUGCGACAUCUCCCGGCAGCUCCGCGUCAGCCACGGCUGCGUCAGCAAGAUCCUGGGCCGGUACUAUGAGACGGGCAGCAUCAAGCCCGGAGUGAUCGGCGGCUCGAAGCCCAAGGUGGCCACUCCGAAGGUGGUGGAGAAGAUCGCGGAGUACAAGAGGCAGAACCCCACCAUGUUUGCCUGGGAGAUCCGGGACAGGCUGCUGGCCGAGGGAGUGUGUGACAACGACACUGUCCCCAGCGUGAGCUCCAUCAACAGGUGGGCAAGCAGGGCAGCUCGCAUCAACUAUAGUACACCCACACUGAAUGAGUACACAUACAUUGAGGUAUUACACACACUGAUCCCCAGCUCGGCAGUGACCCCCCCUGAGUCUCCCCAGUCCGACUCUCUGGGCUCCACCUACUCCAUCAGCGGACUGCUGGGCAUCACCCAGGGCGCCACCGAAGGCAAGAGAAAACACGACGACAGUGACCAGGAGAGCUGCCGCCUCAGCGUGGACUCGCAGGGCAGCGGCGGAGGUCCCCGGAAGCAGAUCCGCCCCGAUCACUUCCCCGCGCAGCACCUGGACGGCCUGGACUGCAGUUUCGACAGGCACCACUACCCCCCGGACACCUUCGCCUCGCCCAGCCAUGGCAAGACGGAGCAGGCCCUUUACCCCCUCUCGCUCAUCAACGGUAGCUUAGAGGAGGGCAAGGCCGCCCUCUCUACAUCGACAGCUGCGAUCGGUCGGAAUCUCACGGCCCACCAGGGCUACUCUGUAGUGUCAGACCACCUGCAGCCCCUCCCACUGUGUCUGAAACAGGAAGUCUCCCUAGAAGUGCCAAACUCCAGCUCCUCCCCCAGUGUCAUGCCUAAUCCGGCCUUCCUUGAGCUCCAGCCAAUCCAGGCUGCCGUCUCUGUCAGCAGCAGUGGUGGAGGCUCCUCCCACCUGUCACAUGCCUUCAACACUUUCUCUCACCAUGCCCCAGUGUAUGGGCAGUUCAGCAGUCAGCCCCUAAUCGCAGGUCGGGACAUGGUGAGCUCCACUCUCCCUGGCUACCCCCCACACAUCCCAGCCAGUGGUCAGACGGGCUACUCCUCCUCUGCAAUCGCUGGGAUGGUGGCAGGUGGAGAUUACUCAAGCAAUGCCUACGCUCACUCCCCCUACACCUCGUACAGCGAAGCCUGGAGGUUCACUAAUUCCGGAAUACUGGGCUCACCCUACUACUACGGUUCUGCAACACGGACAGCGCCUCCUUCUGCCGCAGCAGCCUAUGACCACCUCUAGUUCCCAUGGGAACCCAAGAGCCGGGAGUUGGAGGUGCAACACUGAACGUUAUAAGACUUUUUUAGCACGCAACGCACAAAGGCACUCUGAUGCUAUCUUUGUCUCUCACUGAGAUGCUGGGUCUUCUUCACAGAGUUACGGAAAACAUUUGUGAUGCACAGCGGGUUUGUCUUCUUCCAGCGCAUGAGAAGAAGAGGGAACUCAGAGAAAUAUCAGCAGAAACCUGCGCUGAACCCCCAGUCUGCUCUGGACAAUAGUCAAAUGAUGGGGUGGAUAUACUGUAGCAUCUAUGAGGACGAAGGGACUGGACGGAACUCCCAACAUCUUCCAACUUUUUUGUGUGUUCUCCUACCCACGAACCCUAAACCCCAGUUUUACAAUGGAACCAAGCCGAGCCAUUUUAGGAUACCCAAUGUUUUCUUCUGGAUCCACAUGUGAUGAAAUGAAGGAUCUGCAGGCAGGGAUGACCUUGCUGUGUAAGAUGACAACCAAGGGUCAUCUGCAUUUCACUUUGCCGGGACAGAAAGUGCCCUCGACACGGGCAUGCUUGUUAACACACACGCACGCAGAAAUAAAACCCCACCCAAACACACGUUCCAAAAAAUGAGGCUUGGUCUGCAGCAAACAAACCCUUGCUUCUCAGCAAAACAAACUUUAGCAGGACAUUAAAGAAAAGAAACAAAGUUUUGGUCAGAAGUGAAUGUUACAUUUUGUUUUUAAAAUACAUUGACCUUUUAUCCAAGCUAAAUGAAAUUUCAUCAAUGCAAGAAAAAAUACAAUUCAAUUCCAAUAGGAUCUGGUCUGUAGGUUUGUUCUGUUAUAAUAUAUGUAAAAUAUAUUGUAUAAUAUAUAUUAUACAUGGAAUAUAUGUCAUACAAGGAACAUAUAUUUUUCCGAAUGAUUGUGUCCUUUGAGAUAAUGCAGUUGCUAGGAAUUCUGGGAAUGAAUAUGAAUUAGUCCGUGCUGUUUCACAAGACUGAAAAAGAGCGGAGUUAGAGGUCUGUUCAGACAGUUCUUCCUCGCGCUGCUGGGAAACGUGAUGAUCUCAUUAAUGUUCAUUCCAAUAACAAGUAGAUGUAUCUGAAUAGAUACUCUAAGGGAUUUAGGGAGUACUUGUGUGGUAAAGGUUUGGGACACAGUCUGAGCCCACCAAAAGGAAGAUAAAAAGUGACAGGUUACAAUUAACUUUCCUUUUAUGCCUGUACCCAGACAACCAACAGGCACUGGACCAGUAUUGGCCAACAUCAAUUGUAUCAUGGAGCCAACAUAACUUUUCUAGAGAGGGCAUAUUACAUUGCUGUUGGCCAAUGUAGCAUGAUAAUGUCAGGCUAAUAGAGAACUUCAUAGACACAGUCAAACCAUCUAUUAAACCCUUAGGCUUCACUCUUAAUUCCAUUUUAUUUUCAGCUUGAACAUCUUUUUGUCCUUACCAUCACACUGCAAAGGAAUGUGUUCUUAAAGACACUAAUCUUUUAGUUUCUAAAAAGAAACAAAUUGACGAAAGAAACUAACUGUCCUUUUCAUUAAAAACGGGGUAUUUCAAUGAAGCAUCACCGUCUUAAAUGCAGCUCACAAACUGCUAAACCCAUUUGUAUUGUUGACGUUUGUUGAUUAUCUGGGUACUAGCAUGGACUUUAGAUCUCGUUUUCCCCAAAACAGUGGAUAAAAGCUGUAGGGUUGUUUUUUUUAAAAGACUACGGUUGAAUUUCUGUAAAAGCAGACACAAAUCUUUUUGAAAUUGUUGAAGUGGGAGGAGGGGAAAGAAUUACAAAUAACUCUUUAUGUUGUUCAGUGACAUGAAGUUGAUCUUUUCUUUGGUAAUAUUUAACUCAUAAUGGACGUGCUUUCCCUAAACCAGGCUGUUCCAGAGAAACUAUCAAUGUAAAGAUACGAAUCUGACUCAGCAGCUCUGAAAAGGCUGUAGAAGAGCCAGAACCGUGUUUUUUGCCUUACUUUUGCCGACGUGAUCUGUAGCAGCCAGGGUGUAGGCAAGAAUACAUUUGUCAGAAUCAAAAUCACGGUCACGAAAACUAACCACAGAUUUGGCAGGGAGGUAUUGGCAGGUCAAUACUAAACGUAACAAGUAGGAGAAACAAGAGACAUUCUCUGAAACCACAGAGACGUGUUUCUGCUGCUCCCAGCGGGGGAGGCUGGGGAACCUGUCCUCGAGUUCGCGCUCGAGCGGUUCAACCGCGCGCUCGACGUUCCGCUGCUUCAUGGCGGCUUUUGAGACAUCAGGGAAGGAGGGGCUAAGGAGGGGGGAAGAUUGUCCUAGAGUAAAAAGACAAGCAAACCAAAUAUAAAGAGUAUGACCAAUUCUUAAUCCGAUUUAAAGGAGGACACAGUGUAUGUACACAUAUACACGCAAACCUAAAUUAGAAGGAAAACGACUACUCUCUAUGUGGGGCGUGGCGACGAACCUGUUCUGGAAGUGACGUACACAGAGUAAGGCGGGGCUACGCCCUGGAGCGGACGCCAGUCCAUGACGCAGCACGUACGCACAGGCGCGAUCCAGGAUCCUUCAAACUAACCAGCGUGACUUUGGAAGGUGAGGGGAAAAAACAGAGUCCCCAGCAAACAUGUGGAGAGUACGCAGGCUCCGUGUAGAAGUUGCCCCCGUGCGGAACUGAGCCGGAAACCCAAGAAUUGUGAGGCAGCAGAGAUGCAUAUUCGUGCUUGUCCAGUUCUCUUACCCUGCAGUGGUCUUCUAUCCAAGCGGUGCGAGUAUGCUAUAGGGAGAGCCAGGCACUGCAACGUGCAGUCCCUUCUCCAGGUCUUUCUGUAUUUCUGCUCUGAUUAGCUGAUAACUCAGUCCCAGAAUGAAAGGAAGUGGUUGGACCAAGGAGCAGCGCUGCACCAGAAGCUCCGGCGUGUAGCUCCCUACUGUCCCAGGGGUCAGGCCUGCUGCGUGAUGUGGCCAGGUGUCCCUUUUCCGCCCUCCGCUCUUCGCUGCCCCGCUUGGUUGUCGAGUGGACCAAGCAGUGGCGCUUGGGCAUCUGCGACAGUCCCGGCAGCUUGUUGAUUGGCCCAGUCAGGCCCGUUCGGUUCUGGGGCUCGCUCACAUGUAAAUACUGUAAAGGUCACACGGCCUCUUGGCUUGAGUGCGGCGAGGGCUUUUUUUCAAAACGACGACGAAGGAAGGGUUGGGGUCGGGAUGGGAGCCGUUUGGAGACCAAAAUAUGCCAGAAACACGAAAUAAAAUAGGAGAAAAAAACCUCGAACUGCAUUUUUAAACGAAAACUUGGGGUGAAAAUAUAACGGCUUGUUUUGAAUUUGUUGUCAUGCUCAUGUUUUCGUAAGAAGGUUGUAACUGAAAGGUUUUUGUUUUUUUUUUA